AUGGAGCCAAACUACUUCACCUGCACUCUGGGCCAGGCCGCUCAGUACCAAGAUGGCGAACACUACAACACAGUCAACGAUCUCAUCGACUCCAAGGCUCAACCUGAGCCAUCUUUGCCGGUGGUCGGUUUCUUUUCUCCUGGAGAGACGGGAGCUUCAUGGAAGUCGCAUAUAUUGACGUUCCACGACGUGCGGCAAGGCUCAGUGAUUGUUGCGGAGGCAUUAUCGACGAGACUCGGCAGCAGACCCGGACAAACAGUGGCCCUGCUCUGUCCAAGCUCUCCGGACUUCCUCUUCACCUGGCUCGCCAUCAUUCGGCUGGGAUAUUCAGCUCUCUUGAUUGCACCUCAGUGUUCUCCGUCUGCUGUGGCCCAUCUAUGCAGAUCCUGCGACGUGCAAUUCCUCCUCUACGACGAGAUAUACGAGAAUCUGGCGGAGAAAGCUUUGAAGGAGUCCUCCAAGGGAACAGGACCUCCGCUGGAGUCUCUACUCCUACCUUUCAGCGGAGAAGACAUAUUAGACGUCAUAAGACGCCCGCCGCCGAAAACCACGAAGAGACCAGCCGCAGUCAAGGAGACAGACAUUGCAUAUCUUCAUCAUACCUCUGGCACAUCAACCGGCGUCCCGAAACCAAUCCCUCAGAGUCAUCGAGCAGCUGUGGGCGUUCUACCUGCGCUCGAUGGCCGGAAACAUGCAUCUUUCACUACGACCCCUCUUUAUCACGGUGGUAUUGCCGACCUAUUCCGAGCCUGGACGAGCAAUGCUCUGAUAUGGCUUUUCCCGGGCAAACACCUCCCGAUCACGGCUUCCAAUGUUUGCAAGUGCCUCGAGGCCGCUUCAUCCUGCGCCAGUAAAGGUGGCCCCGAAGUCAAAUACUUCUCUUCCGUGCCCUACAUCUUGCAAAUGAUGGCAGACGAUGAAGCCGGCUUGGAACAUCUGCAACGAAUGGAUAUCGUUGGAGUCGGCGGAGCAGCCUUGCCGGAAGAAGUCGGUGACGGACUCGUGAGGGACAAGGUGAACUUGAUAUCACGAUUCGGUAGUGCCGAGUGUGGAUUUCUCAUGUCAUCCUAUCGAGAUUUCGAGAAAGAUCAAGCGUGGCAGUAUCUCAGGGCCAGUCCAACCGGAGAGCAACAACAACAACCACUUAUAUUCGAACGUCAAGAAGACGGUCUUUCCGAACUGGUCAUCCAGCCCGGAUGGCCUCAUAUGGCAAAGCGCAAUCGCGACGAUGGAUCUUAUGCCACAGCAGAUCUGUUCGCUCCACACCCCGACCUCGAGAAUGCAUGGCGUUAUCAUUCCCGAGCGGACUCUCAACUGACCCUACUCACUGGCAAGAAGUUCGACCCUGCUCCAUUAGAAGACGCCAUCCGUGCGUGCUCCCCUCUUAUCGACCAUGCACUCGUCUUCGGCAACGGACAGUCGUACGCUGGCGUGCUGCUCUUCCGAUCAUCACAAGGUGCGUCGAUGAGCGAUAAGCAUCUCUGCGCAGAGAUAUCACCUUUUGUCGAGAAACUCAACAGGGAGUCUCAGAGUCAUGCGAGAAUACCUCGAAACAUGCUCAUUCCCAUGCCUCAUGCAGAACAAAGCCUUGAGAAGAGCAGCAAAGGAACCGUCCUGCGUGGCAAGGCUGAAGAGCGCUAUGCAGAGAAUAUAGCCAAGGCAUACGAGAAUGUCCUGCCCGAUGGCUCCCCCCAGCAGGUGUCGGACAAGGACGUCCUCAACACCAUCCGAAAGAUCAUACUCAAUGUCGUUGGCGAGCGGAACGAACCUGAACAGGAGUUUCUAAGUAACGAUGCUGAUUUUUUCUCGUAUGGGAUCGACUCAGUUGGUUGCAUUCAGAUUCGCCAUGCCCUAUCUCAUCUGGUUCCCAAAGAUGCAGGGUUACCACUGACUGUGGUCGAGGACCAAGGGACAAUCACCCGCCUCAGCAACCUGAUUCUGCGCAUGCGCUCCGGUCAAACAAUCAAGGGGAUCGAGCACGAGCAAGAGCAGGCCGAACAACAGCAACUUAUGCUGGACCUGACCAAGGAAUACAGCACCUUCAACGAUCUCCCUUGGUCUACUUGCAACGAAUCCACAGACGCCUUGGCCACUCCAGAAUCAUCACCUGCCUCGAAAUCUCCUGCAGGCCUCCGAAUCCUCCUUACCGGCCCAACGGGCUCUCUGGGCUCACACAUCCUACACCAACUCCUCUCCAACCCGGGCGUAUCACACAUCGACCUCCUUGUCCGCGGCGCCAGCGCGCACACCUGCCGCGAACGCGUUCUGAAAGCUCUAUCGUCCCGCCUCCUUCCCAUGCCAGCAGACUUCGACGCGAAGACGACGAUCUGGCAAUGCAAACUCUCCGACGCCCAUUUCGGCCUGUCAGACACCGAGUACACCCACCUCCGCAGCAACGUCGACGUGAUCAUCCACCUAGCAUGGAGCGUGAACUUCCUCCUCCCGCUCCGCAGUUUCGCAGGCACCCACCUGUCCGGUCUGCGCAACCUGAUCGAUCUCGCUCUAUCAUCUCCCCAACCGAUCCCUCCGCGGGUGGUCUUCUGUUCCAGCGUGGCGUCGGUCUCCCAGUACCCUGAUCUCAGCCAAGGCUCCGCCGUGCCCGAGCGACCCAUGUCCUCACCCGCCACGGCCGGUCCAACAGGCUAUGCCCGCUCAAAGUGGGUGGCCGAAGCAAUCUGCCAGGCUGCACACAGACAUACUCGUCUGCGCAACCGCAUUUCGAUUGCACGCGUCGGUCAACUCUCCGGCGCAACGGACACGGGAGUGUGGAGCAAAUCCGAGGCAUACCCGCUGAUGCUGUCGAGCAUGAAGGCUACUGGUGUCCUGCCAGACUUGCAAGGAGAGGUGUUGAACUGGUUGCCCGUCGACCUUGCUGCCAGGGCGUUUAUCGAAGACGCGGUGAACACGGCAAGACCAAGCGGACGUGACAACAUGGACAGAAGUGCUUCGGCCAAGCCAGACCCUGACCGCAACCCCGUUGACGAGCGAGAUGAGAUUGCCGUGCACCAUGUCCUGAACCCGAACAACGACGUUCAAUGGUUCGAUUUGUUAUCUCGUCUAUCGCGACGGGAAGCCUUCAGAAUCGUCCCGGUGCAUGAAUGGCUUGAUGCGCUGUCCGCUCUGCAACACGACGAGAAGACAAAAGACCAUCCAUUGUUGAGGCUGCUGGGAUUCUGGAAAACUGCUUACUCUUCGAAAUACCGGUCUCCAUCUCGGCCUCAAGUGCACUCACAGGCUGGUCCUGAGCCAGAUGAAGAGGCAGCUACGAGUUCAGAGCACUCCGUUCAAGCGCAAACAGAAGCGAAUGCGGAGAAGGCACCGAUACAGUACGACAUGGAACAAACGUAUGACAGGAUGCCCUGCCUCAAGGCAAAAGUCUCACAAGUGAUGAAGGAGGAGUACAUGUUACAGUUGUGGGAUUGGAUCAAGGAGAACGUCUAA